CUUCCGGCAGCCUAUCCAAUCAGCGCGACGCUACGGGGGAGCACGUGACGCGCGGGCCGGAAGCGGAAGGAAGAGACGCGAUGGAGCUGGACGGGGCGACGCGGCACCCCUCCAAACGCCGUUUACCGGCGGCGGCCCCGCGCAUGGCGGAUCCCCACCCGCUUUUCGAUGAUACCAGCGCGGGGGGAGGCGGCGGCGGCGGGGCCCAACCGGGCCGGGGCUACGGGGCACCGCCGCCCGCUUCGGCCUCCUCCUCCUCUUCCUCCCCUUACCCACCGCCCGCUUCCUUCCUGGCCGAGCCGGUCUCCAGCCUGGCCAUGGCCUACGGGACCAGUUUGGCCAGUCAGGGCCGAGACAUCGUGGACCGGAACCUCGACCGCUUCAUCCCGGUGGGGAGACUGAAGUAUUAUUUCGCCGUCGACACCGUCUACGUGGGGAGGAAAUUGGGGCUCCUCGUCUUCCCCUUCGUGCAU